AUGCUGAUCAGCCCUGAGUCAGAUGAAGAAACGGUGGAAAAGUAUAUAGCCUCAGGAAAGACCAGUAUUGGUGGUUCCAUCCCUGCAAUUUGUUCCUCUUCUUCGGCAUCUGAUGUUACUGCCAUUAUCAACGAGGAGCAUAAGCCUCAUCUUCUUCCCUCGACCUCAAAUAAACCUAUGCAGACGUAUGGACUUGUUUCUACUGACUACGCCAGCUCGGAAGAAGAAAUAGCUCAAUUUACUCCAGAAGCCCUUUCCAGCUCGGGUGACAUCAAUGCUGACUCACUUGAGCACAUCUCUUCAGUAGGUCAACUUAAAAAGGCUAUAUCGGCAUACGGCAGUUGA